AUGAAUCUCCUAUCAUUUGGCGCAACUCUGGUUCUCUGCGCCAGUCUAGUUCAGUCGACCAACAUCGUCUUGACGAAUGAUGACGGGUGGGCAGUCGCAAUGAUACGUGCACAAAAUUCCGCGCUUUUAGAAGCAGGAUACGAUGUUAUUCUCUCUGCCCCAGCAGAGAACGAAUCUGGCACGGGAUCGUCGACAGCUACUCCUACCAACCUGACAGAACCUUGCGAAUUCGACACAUGUCCAACUGGGUCUCCGGCUGAGGGGUUCAACGCUUCUGACUCACGCCUCAACUAUGUCAACUCCUUUCCGGUCGAUGCAGUUCGAUUCGGCAUACAGACUCUUUCACCAAAGUUCUUUGGUGGUGCUCCUGAUUUUGUAGUCAGCGGUCCCAAUGUCGGCAAUAAUCUUGGAACUGGAACUGUGGAUAUCUCUGGAACUGUCGGAGCAGCGUGCGAGGCUGCGAAAGAAGGCAUUCCGUCAACGGCUUUCUCUGCCGCAGGUCUCUCUCAGGUCGCAUUCACUGAUUUGAGUAACGGCGACGCAGAUACGCUAGCUGCACUCGUUUUCUCGCAGCUCACAGUCAAAUUCGUUAAUGCACUUUUAAAGAAUGGUCCACCCUUCCUGCCCCCUGGCAUCAGCGUUAACGUAAACUAUCCUGCGUCUACCAGCUCUAGUUGCGCGUCUCCCUCAGACUUCAGCUUCAUUCUCACUAGGAUCGCGCCAAGUAACAGCGUGACUGAUGUUGAGACCUGCGGAACGGAUCACCUUCCUGGAGAAACCAAUGUAGUUGCGACGAAUGGAUGUUUUGCCAGUGUCAGCGUUAUGAAUGCUACCACCAAAGCAGACGUCGAUGCUACUACUCAGGCUUUCGUCCUUAAUCGUUUGAGUGGUUUCCUGUCCUGCCUUCCUUGA